AGGCUUAACCGAAUCUAGAGGUUGCACUGAUCCAAUUUUAGGUUGUAACGCUUGACCACGUCGAUUCAACGAAUCGACACUAUUCUAGCAGUCAGACAGUCCACAUCCAAGAGUUUGUUCAGCAAUGGCUGGAUUCCGGUUGGGGUCAGAUGACUCGGAGAUAUCGCAGCAGAGCCGAGCAGCACCGCCUGAUCUCGUCUCCGACGACGACCGCUCCAUCGCCGCCGACUCAUGGUCCAUCAAGAGUGACUACGGAAGCACUCUCGACGACGACCAGCGCCACGCCGAUGCCGCCGAGGACCUUUCUGCUGCUAACCUUCGCGCCCCCUCCGAGUACAGUUCUGACAAGGAGGAACCAGAUGCUGAAGGAGUGACAUCAAUGCUAGGUCUUCAGAGUUACUGGGAUGCUGCAUAUGCCGAUGAGUUGGCGAAUUUCCGGGAACAUGGUCAUACCGGUGAAGUUUGGUUUGGAACUAAUGUCAUGGAAGUUGUCUCCUCUUGGACCAAAAGCUUAUGCAUUGAUAUUUCUCAAGGUCGCACACCAAAUCAUGAUAAUAAUAAGUCUGAUCCUGUGGAAAAAGGUGAUAAGUAUCUUGCAGGCUGGAGUGUACUUGACAUCGGGACUGGCAAUGGAUUGCUUCUUCAAGCACUUUCCAAGCAGGGGUUUUCUGAUUUAACAGGAACUGAUUAUAGUGAAGGGGCAAUUGAUCUCGCUCGCAGCCUUGCUGAUCGUGAUGGAUUGCCAAACAUUACUUUUUUGGUUGAUGAUGUUCUAGAGACCAAGUUGGACAGGCAGUUCAAACUAGUUGUGGAUAAAGGAACCUUGGAUGCCAUUGGAUUGCAUCCAGAUGGUUCUAUCAAAAGGGUAAUGUAUUGGGAUUCCGUUUCAAAAUUGGUGGCUCCUGGUGGAUUAGCAGUGAUCACAUCAUGUAACAACACAAAGGAUGAAUUGGUUCAAGAAGUGGAAAGUUUCAAUCAAAGAAGUGUCAUCCAGGAACACGAAACAAGCGAAGAUCCUCCUAAGUUUCAAUACCUUAGUCAUGUCCGCACAUAUCCGACAUUCGCGUUUGGUGGAUCUGUUGGAUCGCGCGUUGCCACUGUGGCAUUUCUCCGGAACUGAAUCACUAAUCCUUGCGAGUUAUAGUUACGUUGCGCAUUGAGAAAGCACAUGUACUGACUUAUGCAAGUUCUUUUGUUUGUUUUGAGAACCAUGAAACACUCAUUCAUUCUAAGCUGUUUCUUC